AAUUGAAAAUUAGAAACUGUAUUUUCAUGGUUAUUGUUUUUGAAAAUAUUGGUCUGUGGAUAGAUUUGGCUUACAGCGCAAACAACACAGGAAGCGGAAGGGGAUCGCGUGUGGUGGGUAUAUAUAUAUAUAUAUAUAUUGAACCGAGUCCAGAGACAGUAAAGAAAGAAAAAGCAUUCCCCCAAGUCAAACUCCAAAAACUCACCGGAAAAAUUAGGAUUUCCCAAGUUCUGAAAUCGGAAAGUUUUGUGUGUGUAUCUAGCCGCGGUGUUGUCAUUUUCCAGGCGAUCGUAGGAUUUGAUGAUCGACGGAAGUACGGCUGACGCGUCGGCCUGUGCGGCGGUGCACGACGGCGGUGGAGUAGAUUCGGAACUUACCGCUGAGUCGGCGGUGGUUGGGAAAGGUUGAGAUAGGGAAGAAGAUAAAUAAGGAUAAUUAUUUAUUUUAAAUAGAAAAAUGAGGAAAGGUAAGGGGAAAAACAGCAAGUUCCUUCUUAAUUCGUUGAGAAUUAUUUCUUCGUGCAUCAAAACGGUGUCGACUAAUGCUAGCACUGCCGUGCGCUCAGCUGGUGCGUCCGUCGCCGCCUCCAUUUCGCCGUCGGACGAUCGCAAAGAGCAGGUAUUAUGGGCUGGCUUUGACAAAUUAGAGCUUAGUCCAACUGCCUUCAGGCGUGUCCUUUUAAUUGGUUAUCUAAAGGGUUUUCAAAUCUUCGAUGUUGAAGAUGCCUCUGGUUUAAGCGAAUUGCUAUCCAGGCGUGAUGGACCAGUUACAUUCUUACAGAUGCUUCCAGCUCCUGCAGGUGGUGAUUGUACUGGAAAGUACAUUGCAUCACAUCCCAUAGUGGUGGUUGUUGGAGGGAAUGAGGAUGAAAGAAUCUCUUCGUUUCACUAUUCUGGCCAAGGACCUCCUACUUCCAGAUAUGGUUCAUCAGAUUCUUCAUUUGGGAGCUCUUUUGACCCCCCUACUGCUGUUCGAUUUUACUCUAUGAAAUCAAAUGAAUAUGUAAAGGUUAUUGACUUCAAGUCAGCAAUAUUUAUGGUGAGAUGCAGCUCACGUGUAGUAGCUAUUGGUCUCGAAGAACAAAUUUACUGCUUUGACUCCCUUACGCUUGAGAAGAAAUUCAUAGUUGUCACAUAUCCCGUUCCUCGAGUCGGAGAGCAAGGAGCAUUUGGAAUCAACACAGGUUAUGGUCCAAUGGCUGUGGGGCCAAGAUGGUUGGCAUAUCCUCCUAAUCGCCCGUUUUUGUUAAAUACUGGUCGGGUGAGUCCAAAGAGCCUUGCUUCUAGUGUUAGUCCAUCAACAUCUCCAGGCAGUAGCACAAUGAUGGCUCGUUAUGCAAUGGAAUCCAGCAAACACUUAGCUGCUGGAUUAAUCUCCCUAGGGGACAUGGGAUACAAGAAAUUAUCAAAAUACUAUCCGGAGCUGCUUCCUGGUAGUCCUAGUUCUCCUGGCUGGAAAGCUGGAAAAUUAGCAGCAUCUGAACCAGAAAAUGCAGGAGUGAUUGCUGUGAAGGACCUCGCUUGCUCAGAGGUUAUUUCACAAUUUAGGGCUCAUACGAGUCCGAUAUCCGCUCUGUGCUUUGAUCCAAGUGGGACCCUUCUGGUUACUGCCUCUGUGCACGGAAAUAACAUAAAUAUCUUCCGCAUCAUGCCUUGUCAUAAAUGCAGUGGAUCAGGCUCUGGUGACUGGAGCACUUCAUAUGCUCAUCUUUACAAGCUUUAUCGUGGAAUAACCAGUGCCGUCAUCCAAGAUAUCUGCUUUAGUCAUUACAGUCAGUGGAUUGCGAUUGUAUCAUCAAAAGGAACUUGCCAUAUCUUUGUUCUAUCCCCAUUCGGGGGAGAUGAUGGUUUUCGCACUAUAAAUGCUCAUGGGCAAGGUACUUCUUUGGUUUUAGCUACUACUCCGCCAUGGUGGUCUACUUCAUCUUUCACCAUAAACGAGCCACAAUCUUUGCCUCCACCUGCUUGCAACCUCUCCGUAGUCACAAGGAUAAAAAGCAGCGACUCUGGCUUGCUUAAUUCAGUAAGCAAUGCCGCUGCUUCGAUGGCGGGUAAGUUGUGGGUGCCGUCUGGAGCUUUUGCCGCAAUUUUUCAUAAUUCCAACUCUACUGGUUCUUCAGAUGUCAAGUCGGGUGGUAGUUCUCUGGAACAUAUCUUAGUUUAUACCCCCUCAGGGUUUGUGGUUCAACAUGAAAUUCUGUCCUCAAUGGGGCUUGAACUCAGUGAGAGUAGAGCUGAAUCUUUGUCAGCUCCACAAGCCAACUCACAAAAUGAUGAGUUCAGGGUGAAAGUUGAACCGUUGCAAUGGUGGGAUGUGGGCAGAAGACUGGAUAAUAUGGAGAGGGAGGAAUGCAUUUUUGGCAGUAUCUUUGAUGUACAAAAUGACCCUGAGAUUGAUGAAGACCCCGAAAUGGUUUUCCAGGAGAAUGGGAGUGUUGGAAAGAAGAAACUAGUUAAGACUGACUCAUUCAAGUCUCCAGAGAGAGUGCAUUGGUAUCUUUCGAAUGCUGAAGUGCAAAUAAACUCGUGUAGAUUACCCAUAUGGCAUAAAUCGAAGAUGCAUUUCCAUGUACUGGAACAUCCAAGAGAAGAAGGUUUUUCGGAUGGAGAGUCUGAAAUUGAAAUGGCUCCUUCACAUGAAGUCGAAAUAAGACAGAAGGAUUUGUUGCCGAUAUUUGACAAUUUUCCUAGAGCAAGAUCUGGCUGGAUUGACCGAUCAAUACCUUCCGACUCCAAUAAUGGUCAAGUUAAAGAAAAGACCAGUGAAGCAAGUGUUGUUUCUCGUUCAGAACCACCAUCGUUUAGUUCUACUGAAAGCUCAGAAGGAGGAUUAUCUAGACGAAUGGAGAAUCUGCUUAACUUGGACUACAUGAGCCCUGAUAGAUCUCCUAUACUUGUUAGACAUGCUGCAAGUGAUUUAAACACAGAAAAAGAGGAGAGUGCUAAUCUCAAGGCUUCCUUAACGGAGGGGAAUGAAAUUCCGUCGUCGAAUGUCGACAAUGCCGACUCGGCUUCAGAAAAUCUUAUGCAUUCAAAAUCCGAGGAAAAAACAGUAGAUUUUGCACAGUUAUUUAAGGAAGAGUACUAUAAUAAGCCAGAGUUUCAUGAUCGUGACAGGUCAACUGAAGAUGUGGACGACGAUAUCGAUACUGGUGGGAUGUUUGAUUUCUCCGAAGAAGGUUAAUUGCUUCUUGUGCACAAUCGAAUAUGGUAUGUGCUCCAACGUGAAUUAUACCGCGUACGGGAAAAACAUGUGGAAUCGCUCCCUCCGUGGUGUGUGUACACUAGUGUAUAUAAGAACAUUCAUGAAGUUUAUUGAGAAAAAAAAAUGGAGUCACCAUAAAAAAGGAUGAGUUUGACUGUGGGGGAAAUGAUUUCCGGUUUGGCUUUGUGUUUGGAUGUUUCGGUCAAAUGUUGUACAGAUAUUACUAAUCACUAGUUGCCUUGCUUCCAGUUGUGUAACAUUAAUUUGUUUUUUUUUUUUUCCAGGAAAGAAAAAAAUAUGAUGAAAUGAAAAUUUGGAAAAGCAAAUAGAACAGUAAAACAUUUCCUUUUGGGGGAAUCAUUUAUGUAUUUACUUAAUUUUCCUUGUAUU